UUCUCAGCGCGCGGACGCGAAUUGAAGAGAAACCUUACGCAAAUUAUAAUAAAAAGUUCAGGAAAAGAGGGACCUGCUCUUCGCGACAACAGAACGCAUUCCUCAAAUCGGUUCUUAAAGAAAAUAUCCCAAAGAUACGUGAAUUCUAGUGAUCGAACUGUUCCCAGUUGAAGUGUAGAAUAUGUAUCUAUAAGAUAUAAGAUAAAGCGGGGGUGGGCAAUGCAAUCGAGGUGUUCUCGAGGAAUUGUAAACAAAGAAGGCGGCGCAAUUCAUUGACAUCCAUAUCCACCGAGAUCCAGCAACAAGUUCGAGGGAAAACCCUGGAUUUUAAAAUGGCAGGUGACUGGCGAUUGAUGUUCCUGCUGGGAGUCCUGAUUUUUGUGGGUGUACCUGUGAAUGGGGAGGUUUACACCGCCCUGGCUGAGAUGGAGGAACUACUUGAGACUGAAUCCGUAUUGAUUACCAACCUAGAGGGCUACAUACGCGUGCAGGAGAAGAAGCUGAACUUCCUCAAGAAUAAAAUGGACGAGUACCAGAGGGAGCACGCCGACGCCUCCAGCGACAUAACCGCCUAUGUAUCCAACCCGAUCAAUGCCUAUCUGCUGACCAAGCGGCUGACCACCGACUGGCGCCAGGUGGAGAACCUCAUGGAGCACGAUGUGGGCACGGAGUUCGUGCAGAACAUCACCCAGUACCGGAAUGUGCUCAAGUUCCCCUCCGACGAGGAUCUCAACGGGGCGGCGGUGGCCCUGCUCCGCCUGCAGGACACCUACCAGCUGGAUACAUCGAGUGUGGCGCGGGGCAAGCUGAACGGCAUUCAGUACAGCACGGAAAUGUCCUCGGACGACUGCUUCGAGCUGGGCAGACAGUCGUAUGUGAACCACGACUACUACCACACGGUCCUCUGGAUGAACGAGGCCAUGGCCAGGAUGCUGGAGGAGCCCACCAACCACACCCAGAGCUUCACCAAGGCCGACAUCCUCGAGUACCUGGCCUUCUCCACCUACAAGGAGGGGAACAUAGAGAGCGCCCUGACCAUGACCAAUGAGCUGCUCCAACUGCUUCCGCACCACGAGCGGGCCAAUGGAAACAAGCGGUUCUACGAGAAGGAGAUUGCCAACCAGCUGAACCUGAAGAAGAUGAAGGGCGACGAUGGCACCGACGAGAUGCCCAAAUCCGACUUGCCCGUGGCCAAAAGCGAUCCGGCCAUUUUCGAUCUGACAGAGCGCAGGGCCUACGAGAUGUUGUGCCGGGGUGAACUGAAGCCUUCUCCCUCGGAUCUCAGGCCCCUGCGAUGUCGGUAUGUGACCAACAAUGUGCCCUUCCUGCGACUGGGUCCCCUGAAACUGGAGGAGGCCCACAUGGAACCGUACAUAGUGAUCUAUCACGAUGCCAUGUACGAUGGCGAAAUGGAUGUGAUCAAGCGGAUGGCUCGUCCGCGGUUCCGCAGAGCUACGGUCCAAAAUUCCGUGACCGGAGCACUGGAGACCGCGAACUACAGGAUCAGCAAGUCGGCCUGGCUAAAGACCCACGAGGACCGGGUGAUCGAAACAGUGGUGCAGCGCACGGCGGAUAUGACCGGUCUGGACAUGGACUCUGCCGAGGAACUGCAGGUUGUGAACUACGGCAUCGGAGGACACUAUGAACCGCACUUUGACUUUGCCAGGAAAGAGGAACAGCGAGCCUUUGAGGGUCUUAAUCUGGGCAACCGCAUUGCCACCGUUUUGUUCUACAUGAGUGACGUGGAGCAGGGAGGAGCCACAGUCUUCACAUCCCUCCACACUGCUCUGUUUCCCAAGAGGGGCACGGCUGCCUUCUGGAUGAAUCUCCAUAGGGAUGGAGAGGGCGAUGUGAGGACCCGUCAUGCCGCCUGUCCCGUACUUACGGGCACCAAGUGGGUGUCCAACAAGUGGAUCCACGAACGUGGCCAGGAGUUCCGCAGACCCUGCGACUUGGACGAGGAUCACGGCGAGUUCGCCAUCUAAGCCGGAGUCUAGUUAGCGAAUGCAACGAAUCUCAAGAGCGGAGUGUUUUCCUUCGCCCUCGGCCACCGACUUCCUAUUGUACAUAAAGCAUUCAGCCCGAAGAAGGUCGCAUCUGUUCUACUUACCGGUUCUGCUUUUGGAACCCACUUCUACUUCUACCUAGCCGUAUCUUAGACUCGUAUGGAAUUUAUCUACUUUUGUAUAUUUGCCUAGAUUAAGUAGUGAAAAAAUUGCAAUAAAAUCGAAAUUCAAAGCAA